AUGCGACUGUGCUUUUGUCAGCUAUACGUAUUACUUUUGAGAAUAUAUGCCUAUUUGGAUGUAAUUUAUCGUAAUUUAACAAACAUUCUACGUUCAUUUUCUCUUUGGCCUCUUGACUGUGGCCGAACUGUAUGGAAAGGUUACAAACCGAUGCAGUCUAGAUGCCAUUACAGUCAAAGUAGGCUGAAAAAAAAAUUAUUGACCGGAACUAUAGUCCAGCCAUUUCUUUUCCUCUUUUCUGCUUCUUUUCCUCUUCUCUUUUCUUUUAUUCUUUUUCUCUUCUCUUUCUCUUCGUCUUCUCUCUCGUCUACUCUCUUCCCCACUCAUCUGACGGCAUGCGCGAAUCUUCUCCCACAUCACCCGGUCUAUGUGCAUGAUACCGCAUACUCCGCGGACUGUUUCAACUCCGUUUCUUUUGCCACAGCCUGGUCAAUCGAUCUGGAAUUGUAUUCAAGCCCUGCUGCCAAUUGCAGUACAAGCACAAGUUAA